AUGGCCCAGCAUCAAUCUCCAAAGGAGUGUUGCAUCUCUAUCAAGGCUAUUGAAAGCCCCAACAAAGAUGAUGACACGCAGUGGCUGACAUACUGGGUGGUGUAUGGUGUUUUCAGCAUAGCAGAAUUCUUCUCUGAUAUCUUCCUGUCAUGGUUCCCAUUCUACUACAUGCUAAAGUGCGGCUUCCUGCUGUGGUGCAUGGCGCCCAGCCCCUCCAACGGCGCCGAGCUGCUCUACCACCGCGUUAUCCGCCCCUUCUUCCUGAAGCACGAAGCGCAGCUGGACAGCGUGGUGAAAGACCUGAAGGACAAGGCUGCAGAAACUGCAGACACCAUCACAAAAGAAGCCAAGAAAGCAACGGUGAAUUUGCUCGGUGAGGAGAAGAAGAGCACUUAAGCUGCUAACUGGAUAAAGAAUGUUUCCCUACCACCUCCUUUAUAAAGUUUGAUGUUACUGGGGAUAGUGGUAUAACUUUAAUAAUAUUGCCUUGGAAACAUUUUGAUAUUAAAGGAAU